AAACUUUUUCACUAAAAGGACAAAGGAACUCAAACCUGCUGUCCAAAGCGCUCCUGGUUGGAAGUUGUUUGGGAAAGUCCCACCCAGAGAAAACCUUCCAAAAGAUUCCAAAAUUAUUCAGCAGGAUGACAGUUCUGGCAGUCUUGCGUCAAUAUCUACUCUCAGUCUAUUAAACACAGGGGAAUAUGAAGCACGGACAGGAAGAAUGUAUAAACCUCCACCCCCCUCAACAAGACGUAAAAACAUUGCAUUUGAACCACUUUCAACUACUGCUUUGAUUCUGGAGGAUCGACCAGCAAAUCUUCCUGCCAAAUCAGUGGAGGAGGCUUUACGUCACCGACAAGAAUAUGAUGAGAUGGUAGCAGAGGCAAAAAAACGAGAAAUUAAAGAAGCACAUAAAAGGAAAAAAAUAAUGAGAGAGCGUUUCAAGCAAGAGGAGAAUAUCGCUAGUGCUAUGGUGAUUUGGGUCAAUGAAAUACUACCUAACUGGGAAGGCAUGCGUGCUACCCGAAGAGUUCGAGAACUGUGGUGGCAGGGGUUACCCCCAAGUGUACGUGGGAAGGUUUGGAGUCUAGCUGUGGGAAAUGAAUUAAAUAUCACUCCUGAACUUUAUGAAAUCUUCUUGUCAAGAGCUAAGGAGCGAUGGAAAAGCUUCAGUGAGACCAGUUCUGAGAAUGACAUAGAAGAAACAGGUGCAUCUGUUGCUGACCGUGAGGCCAGUCUGGAACUGAUUAAGCUGGAUAUAUCACGCACAUUUCCAUCCCUGUAUAUUUUCCAGAAGGGUGGUCCUUAUCAUGAUCUACUGCAUAGUGUUUUAGGAGCAUAUACAUGUUACAGACCAGAUGUGGGAUAUGUACAAGGGAUGUCCUUCAUUGCUGCUGUGCUCAUUCUCAAUCUAGAAGAGGCAGAUGCUUUCAUUGCCUUUGCUAACCUUCUAAACAAGCCAUGCCAGCUGGCCUUUUUCCGUGUGGAUCACGGCAUGAUGCUGAAAUAUUUUGCAGCCUUUGAAGUAUUUUUUGAAGAAAAUCUUCCCAGACUGUUUCUUCAUUUCAAAUCGUACAGUCUUACUCCAGACAUAUAUUUGAUAGACUGGAUUUUUACACUCUACAGCAAGUCAUUACCACUUGAUCUGGCCUGUCGUGUCUGGGAUGUUUUCUGUAGAGAUGGAGAAGAGUUUUUGUUUAGGACAGGAUUAGGAAUCCUUCGGUUAUAUGAAGAUAUUCUCCUGCAGAUGGACUUCAUUCAUAUAGCACAGUUUCUAACAAAACUUCCAGAGGACAUUACAUCAGAAAAGCUUUUUAGUUGUAUUGCAGCUAUUCAGAUGCAGAAUAGUAACAAAAAAUGGGCACAGGUGUUUGCCUCACUAAUGAAGGACAACAAAGAAGGGGACAAGAACCAUAGCCCAGCACUGAAAAGCUAGUUGUCAUAAUGUUGAGGUCAACUGAAAAUGUGGAAAACCACUUUAAGGACAAAGGAGUUUUCACAUCACUUCUAUGUGGAAAAGCACUAUAGAAAAUGUGAAAAUGAGACAUAAAAAUGAUGCAGCUCUCAGUGGAGUAAUGAACUGAUGAAAUCUUCACCCUUUUGCCAGUAUUAGCUUUUGCUGUGGGAAGGUUUCUUUUCACAUUGAAUACUAAAACCUAUGAAACUGAGAAGUGGGCGAGUUCAUAUUUAAUACUUUAAAAGAAUCAGCUCAAUGCAAUAAACAUUUUUAGUAACUUCUGUUGGUACUUCAAAAAAAUUUUUGAGGCAUAACUUUUUUUACAAAUACCACAAUGGCACUUUUGGGAGGGGAUGAGGGAAAUGCUAAAUCUUAAGGCCCCAAAACUGCUAUCCAAACCAAAUGCUUUGGUACAAAUAUUACCUCCAAAAUUAACCAUUUGAAAGUAUUGAGGACCAAAUAAGGUAGCUGGUAUAUUUAUGUGUAAGAGGGUUAAAAUUUAGGAAGGGGUAUUGUCUUAUUUACUUUUUUUUUUUUUAAAGUUGCAGUAUCAUUCUUCAGUGUGGGCAAACGUAAUUAACUCAGGAACUGUCGAAGUGUUGUGCCCAAACCAGUUGGAGCAAAAAUCAUCUGAAUUUUAAACAGUGGUAAGAUCAGGGCUGUUAUUUUCAGAGUGUAUGGCUUUCAAAGCAAGUGGUGUUAAGCAUUUGUUUUGGUGUAUUGGUUGUGCAGCUUAUUAAAAAUGGAGUGGGUAUUUUGUGAAAGGGUUUUGCCACCAGAAGUUUUAUUUUGUUGAACCGUUUCCAGCUAAGAAAUACUUGUAUGUAACGGUGGACACUAGAAACUGACAAAGCUAUC